CUGCGCUCCCUUGCAUUGCAGUAGUAUUGUUACACGUACACUGUUCUGAAUCUCUCCCUGCCUCUAACAAUGUCUAGCGAGAUCUUCAGCGAGACGGCGGCGAAAAGCCUCCACCAGAUAUCGGAGGCGGCGGCGGCUAUAAGUCAGGACGUCGACCUUAUCACGGCUGCGAGGCGGAAUCUCGGGUUCUUGAGGAGUGUCAGCAGGUGGCAGUGGCUUCACCAGAGAGCAACUACUGUUAAGGCGAUCAGGAGGUAUGACGAGCUGUGGAUGCCGUUGAUUUCUGAUUUGACGGUGGGAUCAGUGACUCCGAUGGUUCUGCCGCCGCUUGAUGUUGAGUGGGUCUGGUUUUGUCACACCUUGAAUCCUGUAAGUUAUAGGCAAUGCUGUGAAUCAAAGUUCUCAAAAUUGAUUGGAAAACCAGCAAUUUUCGAUAAAGAAAAUGAAGAGUAUGCAUUGAUGAGAUUCAGGGAUGUGUGGCCAGACAAAGGUACAGAGGAUUCUUGUCUUUGUUGCAAAGAUUUAAAGAUUCGUGUGUUCUUGUUUCGUGCCUACCGUGGAUAUUCUGCUGAUGUUACUAACUCAUCAGUAUACGCAGAGGAUUUGAAGGACAUGUGGGAUGAUAUGGCCAAGGUAGUGGGGGUAUGGGAGACUGUCAAUGUAAAAGAUGUAGAUUCCAUCAAGAAGUUCUGGGAAAGAGCAUUUGAUCAACCAUGUGAGAAGGCUGGAGUUGGACUAGUCAUGGAAUUUGAGAGGGUAGUCUCAGUGAAGCCACCAGUUUACUGGGAGGUUUUCGGAUAGAGAUGUCAACACCAAAUACAAGUCCAUGGUCCCCAGAUUCCUUCUAGAGGUAUGUGUUUUUGUGAGGCUUCUAUCUGGCAUAAAGGCCAUAAAGGAACACAUUUUUCUACGUCUCCAGAUAAUAAGAUGUCACAGGGAGCUUAAGCUAGAUAAACCAGUCUCUGACUUCACCUGUGAUUCAUGGAAAAAGGCCUGGCAUCUUUACUGUGAGUUUGGAACAAAAGGACUUGCAGUGGAGCUUUGUGGUCACCAUGGCCUCUGCCUCAGUGGAAGUAAAUUGCUAGACACAAAGGCAUUUUAUUGGAAUGAUUUACUAAGAGCACCUUCUCUUACUCUAG